UAAAAUGGUGUCCAAACUGAGCGCUUUGCAACACGAACUUCUGGACGCGCUCCUCACCUCCGGAGUCACCAAAGAGGUCUUGAUCCAAGCCCUGGAGGAACUGAUGCCCAGCCCCGCCAACCCCAGCAGCACCAGCGUGGCCAGCGGCGGCGGCGGCUAUGGGGUCAAGCUGGAAAACUUGCAACUCUCGCCCAGCACCAGCGGCGGCGAGGCGGAGAGCAAACCGGUCUUCCACACGCUCACCAACGGGCACAGCAAGGGCAAGCUGUCCGGGGACGAAGGCUCGGACGACGGGGACGACUUCGACACCCCGCAGAUCCUGCGGGAGCUGCAGGCCCUCAACACCGAGGAGGCGGUGGAGCAAAGGGCCGAAGUGGAGCGGAUGAUCAGCGAAGAUCCUUGGCGGGCUGCAAAGAUGAUAAAAGGUUACAUGCAGCAACACAACAUCCCGCAGAGGGAGGUGGUAGACGUCACUGGACUGAACCAAUCCCACCUGUCCCAGCACCUCAACAAGGGGACGCCCAUGAAAACGCAGAAGCGGGCGGCGCUCUAUACGUGGUACGUCCGGAAGCAAAGGGAGAUUCUCAGGCAAUUCAACCAGACAGUCCAGGGUUCUGGAAAUAUGACAGACAAAAGCAGUCAAGAUCAGCUGCUGUUUCUCUUUCCAGAAUUCAACCAGCAAAGCCAGGGCGUGAGCCCCAUCGACGACCCCUGCGCCGAGACCCCCAGCAAGAAGAUGCGGCGCAACCGCUUCAAGUGGGGGCCGGCCUCGCAGCAGAUUCUCUACCAGGCCUACGACCGGCAAAAGAACCCCAGCAAAGAAGAAAGGGAAGCCCUGGUAGAGGAGUGCAACAGGGCUGAAUGCCUCCAGCGAGGCGUGUCGCCUUCCAAAGCGCACGGCUUGGGUUCGAAUUUAGUCACCGAGGUCCGCGUCUACAACUGGUUUGCGAACCGGAGGAAAGAGGAGGCUUUUCGCCAAAAGCUGGCCAUGGAUGCUUACAGUACGGGCCAGCCUCACACCAUGAACCUCCUCCUGUCGCACGGAUCGCCUCACCACGCGCAGGCCAGCUCCUCCCCGCCAAGCAAAAUGGCAGGUGUCCGCUAUAGCCAAACGGGGAGCAACGAAGUCCCUUCUUCCUCCGCUAUUAGCCAUCACGGCAACAACUCCAUGGUGACUACUAGCCAGGCUGUCCUCCAGCAAGUCUCUCCGGCCAGUUUGGACCCCAGCCACAGCCUGCUCUCACCGGAUGGUAAAAUGAUUACGGUUUCGGGAGGCGGGCUCCCCCCAGUCAGCACUCUCACUAAUAUCCACAGCUUCUCUCAUCAUAAUGCACAGCAAUCGCAAAACCUCAUCAUGACACCAUUGUCGGGAGUCAUGGCUAUCACGCAAAGCUUAAACAGCUCCCAAGCACAGACUGUCCCCGUCAUCAACAGCGUGGCCAGCAGCCUGGCCGCCCUCCAACCCGUCCAGUUCUCCCAGCAGCUCCACAGCCCCCACCAGCAGCCUCUCAUGCAGCCGUCCCCCAACCCGAUGGCGCAGCAACCCUUCAUGGCAACAGUGACCCAGCUGCAGAAUUCACACAUGUAUGCGCACAAGCAAGAACCUCCUCAGUAUUCCCACACAUCCCGGUUCCCUUCAGCCAUGGUGGUCACGGAUACCAGCAGCAUCAGUUCAUUAACCAAUAUGUCUUCCAGUAAACAGUGUCCAUUACAAGCUUGGUGAUGAUCCUCAACUCACUUCCUUUGCGUUGACCGACCGGAAAUAUUUUUUUCCCCACCUCCUUCUGCCAGUGACUACUCACUAUGGAGUCUCCGGGGGCAGAAGCUGCCCUAGCCGACAGGCUGUUCAGCAUUGUGUGAAAGGAAGAGACAGAGAGAGAGAGGGCCGGAAGUUUCAAAGACGACACCUUUUGGUGGCCUGUCCUGACGGGAGCAAAGAAAGGUGUCUGCAUGAGGCCGGUCUCUAAAAGACAGGGCAUUGCCCCACAGUAUUUUGCAAGACUUUUGUAGGACUUCAAAAGUAUUUUCCUUCCUAAGGGCAUUGAUUUCUGAAAGAACAACAACAACAACGACAAAAAAGUCGACCGAACUACGAAGGAGUUUGGAAAGCGUAUGAAACAGAAGAUCAAUCAUAUUUAUAAAGUUACAUUUGUCUACCAAAAUGGACUGGAAGGAGAGCAAGAGAGAGAAAGAAUUGGAACUGUUACUUCAGGUUGAAAAAAAAACAAAAACCACCAAACCCAGCCGCCUGUGCUCUCCAACGGAGCCAACGGAACUGUGAAUAGAGAAACUCUUUUUUUUUUUUUUUUUUUUGGGCUCCUGACCUGUUCUCCUGGCCUCUCGGCAGAGAUUUAUAUUAAAGAAAAUGAAUGUUGUCAAAUGGAUGUAUAGAAAAUUAAGUGCAAUGUUUCACCUCUGUAUAUAUAACAUCAGGAGAUCUCUUAUUA